AUGAGACCCUACACUCUUCAAUACAAGAAGGUGGAAUCAAAGUAUCUGGGAACUCUCAAAAUUCUGGAUCGUAAAAUUUCCCAAGACUGUCAACUGCAAGAUGCCGACUCCAUCAGGGCCACUGUUUACCAGGAAUGGCUCAAAAAGAAAAAGGAGAAGUUAUCAGAGAGCCUAAACAAAGAAAAGACUGACUUUUUGUUAUUGACCAAACAGAUAAAAGAAGAAGAAGAAAAAAAGAAAGAUGCUGCCGCUUCUUAUUUGGCUUGGAAAGAAAAAAAAGAUGAGUUACUCAGGGAAAAAACAAAGGAAGCCAAAUAUAGGAUGCAGAAAGAGCAAAUGGCUUUAGAAGAAGUAGAGAAAAAAAGGAAAGAAGCUGAACAGACGUAUGAUCAAUGGAAGAGCAAUCGUGACCACAUCCUCAGAGAAAAGUGUCGACAGCAAAGAGAGACAGAGAAGAAACUUGCACUGAAGAAACAAGCUGAGGCGGAAGACCGAAAAAGAGACAGCAAAUCAGCGUAUUCUAACUGGUGCGAAAAAAAGACGGAUGCCUUCCAAAAAAAAAUGUGGACAGAACGCCAGGAAAACAAGAAUAAAUCAGAGGAACGCCGAUAUAUUCAAGAGGAGAAGGAUAAAAUGGCUUUAGAAAUGUAUGAGCAUUGGCUGGAAAAGAAGGAUCUACAACAAAAACGACAGAGAGAAGAAAAGCGAUUACAAGUGAUACUGCGAAAAAGUCCGCCGCCACCUUGGAGUCCUCCUAAUAACACCAUUCAGUUUCGAAAAUAG